GGUGUAAUGUUCCAACCGGGGGUUCUGGUAGCAACACGUCUCCUUAGAGAAAAGACACCGAUGAUGUACGUCGCGAUGCUUUAACUGAAGGCUGGGCCGCGAAACUUACCUAAAGACACAUCAUUAACCAAUACCAGGGACAAACUUGCUGUAAAACUCCACCGCAAGGGGAGUCUUUUUUAUUGUCACGUGCGACUGAUCUUCCCCAAACCGGCACCGUGUUUUUUUUCCAUAGACCGUGAUCAGGUGGGCCGCUGGCGCGUGAACGAAUCAUUAUCAUUGUGGAAAUUUACAUGUUUAUCAGUGACACAAAAUAAUAUCGAUGAGGUUUUGUCAGCAACGGCACUAACAUCUGUUCUCAUUCAGAAGUGAUCAGAGAGGGACGACUGUCAAAACGGAGCGGAAAAUAGAAGUAAGAUAAAAUAACCCUUGGCUGAUUGUUGCGACUGGCGCAGUACUGGCUUUCCACCAUGGCUCUCUCUGGUCACACCGACGGGGACGCCGGCGAAACGGCGGCUGAGUUUUCGUCAAGGCUGCUCCACCAGAUCAGCGGCGGAUUAGCAUGUCUCGGGAUCGCUAUGGGCAUGCAGACUGGACUCUUUGAGGUCAUGAUCUCGUUGGGAGGGGAACCCAAGACCAGCCAGGAGAUUGCGGACGCGGCAAAUCUCAGAGAGAGAUACGUGCGCGAGUGGCUGGGGUGCAUGGCAGUCUCCGAUAUUGUGACCUAUGACCCUGCGCAUGAGACAUACUGGCUUCCUGCGCACCGUAUGGGCAUCUUGCGACCUGGCAUGCUAUCCAUGGCCAUCCCAUCCCUGUCAGGUGGUUUCUUCGAAGUGUCAGAGUGCUUCAAGAAAAAUGGACCAGCAGGUGUUGAAUACGACCAGUACCCUAAAUUCGACGAAGUCUUGGACAAGUUGCACGAGCCAUUCUUCCGAGACCAGUUUCUUCAGGAGUUUAUUCCAUCUAUGCCUAAGCUACUGCAGCAACUCAAGCAAGGAAUCCAGGUGCUUGAGGUGGGAUGCUGCGAAGGGGAUUCACUGAGAAUGCUCGCCUCUCGCUUCCCCAACAGCUUCGUCUAUGGUCUAGACAUCUCCCAGGCGGUCAUCAAAGAGGCGGAGGCUAAGACCAGGCGAAUGGGUCUGACCAACGUCGAGUUCGUCUGCAUGGACGUCUGCCGCAUGCCCGCUGACUGGACUUGGAAGUUUGACUACAUUUUCAUUUACUUCGUGCUCCACGACCUGUCCUACCCGACCACGGCUCUGAGGGAGAUGUACCGGGUACUCAAGCCCGGGGCGACCCUCUCCGUGGUCGAUACGGUGACCCACACGCGACUCCAGGACAACAUCAGGGACGAGGACAAGGCCUAUGUAUUGACGCAGUUCACCUUGAGCCUGAUGAAUUGCCUACCAGUGUCCCUGCAUCCAGGUGACGGGGCGGGACUAGGCGCCAUGUGGGGCCGCGAGAAGGCGAUAGCGAUGUUGGAGGGGGAAAACUUUGAGGUUGUGUCUAUCAGCGCCACAAACGCGCAAUUGAAUGGACUGCAUUAUCUUUGCAAGAAGCCAGUAAACAAUGGUAACAACAACAACAACGUCUGUAGAAACGGGAUUGCUUGAUGGUGAGUGGUUGGCGUAUACCACUGACCAUUUACACUAGGGAUGUGCAACUUUAGUUCAGAAAAGGUUCAAUGCGUGUUAAGGCCUGCAAAGUAUCCAAGGAGAAAUACAUUUACAUAAAACUGGAUUACAUAUCACUUCCAGCCAUAGCAGUGCAAGACGUUGUCGUUGAUGUAACUGUGAUGUCACGCACGCGCAGGUGCACUCAAAAUCAAGUCUACCUGUCCUGAGAUGGGUUGCUUAUAGUAAGAUGCUAUUAGAUUGUCUGUACAUCUGUAUCGUUCUGCCAUUUCGUUUUCCUUUUAAAUGUUUGGAGCAGACACAAGGUACUUUAUGUUUUACUUUCUGAGAAAAGUGUACCACAAAGUUGCCUAACCAAAAUGAGAUUUCACUUUCCAGUCGUGUUUCAUGGUGGGUGAAAUAAUAAAAUUAUAAAUAUUGUUCUGAUACCUUCAUAAGUAUACAAAAUGCACAGUAAAAUAAGGCAUCCCGGAUUGAAAAAUGUCAGAAAUAUCCCAUCUACGGGUCGCAAAAUUAUUUGCAAGUAGAUGCCGCAUAAUACUAUUAUCAGAUAUUUUAUCAGGUGGUGGGAAAAAUACUUCCAUUUUUGUAUCUUUUAAGACGAUUUUAGCUGAUUAGAUAAGUCAAAAACACACCAAAGUGGUCUUCGAACAUGCAACUACGUCCCCGAAAAAGAACAAAGCCAUAAUAUUAAGCAACAUUCGGGAGGAAUGUACCAUUAUGGGUUUAUGAAUAUUUGUUAAUAAACGUUAACAGUAGUCGCGACUUGUGGAUUCAAAAUGACGGCCCUAAUCACAUGUGUUUCCAAGGAUUACUCUGAAAAUAAAACAAAUUUCAUUUCAGAAGGCCAGAAAGAAGAUCAUAAACCUGGUUGAAAUUUCUGCAUGCAUUUCUUUUUUUUCUAUAAAAGUGAUGAAUGAAGAAAAUCAGUCCGUCAAAACAAAACGAGAAAACUGAAACUUAUGAAUAACGCGUGUCACGUGAUGAGUUUUCUUGAGAAAAAGUUGAGAACGAUCCGUAACACGCCUGCGUUCGUGCACUUGAGCCGCUGGCAGUCGCACAUCCCUGUUUAAAUGGUCGUUGGCGUAUCCCAAGAUGUUGGAAAUUCAGCUCGAAAGGUGGACUUGUCAAAUGAACGGAGCAAGUGCCCAGCCUAAUAUCGCAUUCCGGGGAAGAUUUAUAUAGUCAGUCAACUUUUAACCAAGAUCCACAGCUUGAACGUUUCAGUGAACGGACUAUUGUGUAACACAUGAUGGCCCCUAAAAAUAUUUAAAACAAAAUACAUGUACAUAAAUUAAUGCGUUUCUGAACCAGACAAUGUAUAACUUUUACGAGAGCGUAAUUCCGUCGUCUAGUUUUCUCCAUUACGUCUUAGGAAACGAACUGUUUUCCUAUAGAGAUGUAAAACUAAGAAUACUGAAGCAAGGACCUGAAGUAAUCUGAGAACGAGAUUUCUGCUUGUAAAGGACUAGCUGUAACCGAAAGAGCCGGAAGUUUUGUCAUGACACACUUCAUUUUAAUACAAAAAGGAGGAAAUAUUUUGAAUCUUCUAUGCCUAUGUCUUGCUACAGUGCCAACCGAUUCAUCACAUACUUAUAAGUCCUGUAUGUGACAUUUGAUUGAAUACUUUCGAAAAGUAAAUUAUUCUUGCUUGUGCCUGAGAAUCCUCAAAAACAAUUCAACAUAUCAAAUCAAAAAAGCAGACUAGUACCAAGAACUCUCCAACAAUUAAAAAAACAAAAAAAAACAAACACGUUUAUGAAAAGAGUGAAAAACGUAGAGGUCAUGUACAGGUUUCCCUUCACAUUUUUAAAAAAAUCCUUGGCGUUCAAAUUUAGAACCAUUCAAUUUCAAACUCCUCUCGAAACUUUGUGAGCUUUCAUAUUUUCGUCUUCAGUAACUCAUUUUUUUUACUUUGUUCAAUUUCAUACAUUUACCGUACUUUUUCUGACGGACAGUUUGAUUUCGUCGUCUUCAAUUGACAAGACUACUGUAGAUAAAUCGAUUUUGGAUCUUGUGAGCAUGUUCUUGUUUUCGUGCGUAUCUUACGUUUUCAUAUGCACAGUUCUACUUUAAACAUAUUCCAUUUUUUCAUUGUUUGUCUAGUAAGUAUGUUCACUGAUUAACAUGGGUUUAUAGUCUUAUUUGAGCAAAAUUGUAUCUUUUUGAUACUUAUUUGUAAGUUCAUUAAGUUCUUCACUAUUUUGUGCACCAACAACCGGAAGAAAUAAGAUCAUAGACAUAUGAAAUUGUGACCUUCACAUUUCAUGCCAAAAAUAAGUGGCCUUGGAGAUAUUUUUCACAAAUAGGGCUUUUUUUCAAGUGGUCCAAUUUCACUUUUUGUUUUAUCAGCACCAAAUAUGACUGAACUGAACACAGCUGCUGUAUACAACUCGAGGAAUUCGAUCGAAACAUUCUUGAAAUUGAUCAAACAAAGACGACUUUGUACCAGCUUACUGAAAGAAUCGAUUUAGGGAUUAUUUUCGGCUCUUUUCGAGUGGUCUCUUAUCUUUGGUGAUUCUGGAGAAUUUUAUUUGGCAUUUUUUUCAUUCACUUGGCUGAUUGGCUCACUGUUUGUUUGAAACCAAUUUUGUUCCUUCGGCAAAUUUGGUUUUGGCACGGCAGAGGAUUUUGGCUCGACAAGGUCUGCCGUGCUCAUUUCAUUAAGUACGGCAGAAUCGAGCACGGUGUGGUUUCGAACGUCGUGCUACUGUCCAGUCGAUUACAAUUGCUGUUCUAUUUUGGUCCUAAACUAGGUUGAUAAUCAGGAAUGCGUUCAUGUUCACAAAGUGUAGUACAGUUGAGAAAUAAUCAUAGUCAAACAAACACGUCAACAAAUGCGACUAAAAUGGAAAUUUCUCGAAACGCACGGGACAGAUUGCCAGACAGAGCUUGCGGGAGAUGGAGUUUCAAUACACCAUUUCUGUUUCAAAUUCCUGCUUGAUAUAAGAUAAGAUAAGCUCCAAGCUGACCCUAAAACGUCUGUCCAAACGCUGGAAUUAGACUCCCAACUGACACUGAACUGUUCACCUGGGUGAUCCGCCUAUUUCAUUAUGACGUCACUGCAAGGUCUCAGGGCAUCAAAACAUCGGGCCUUAAAAAUAAAAAAGGCCUCGAUUUUUAACGAGAAAUAAAGUACUGGAAAU